AGUUAUAUAAGCGUUAACAAGGAGCCGUCAUCAAAGGCCCACCCGUUACCGUCAAGAAUCAUGACUACUCCUCUCAGUGACGCCGACAAGCGGAGGCAAAUCUCCGUGCGCGGGAUAGCUCAGGUCGAGAACGUCGUGAACGUUAAAAACGCUUUCAAUCGCCAUCUCCACUACACACUUGUGAAGGAUCGCAAUGUCUCGACCGGACGCGACUACUAUCAGGCCUUGGCGCAUACCGUCCGUGACCAUCUCGUCAGUCGGUGGAUCCGUACCCAGCAGUAUUACUACGAGAAGGAUCCCAAGAGAGUUUACUAUCUCUCUCUGGAAUACUAUAUGGGACGCACCCUGUCGAACACCAUGAUCAACCUUGGGAUCCAGAACACGUGCGACGAAGCUCUCUAUCAGCUGGGUCUCGACAUCGAGGAACUCCAAGAGUUGGAAGAAGACGCCGGUCUCGGGAACGGAGGUCUCGGUCGUCUUGCGGCCUGCUUCCUGGAUUCCAUGGCCACUCUCGGACUCGCUGCCUACGGUUACGGCAUAAGGUAUGAGUACGGAAUCUUCACUCAGGCCAUCCGGGGCUCUGAACAAGUCGAGGAACCGGACGAUUGGCUGAAAUUCGGAAACCCGUGGGAGAUUCCGCGUCCGGAAUGUGAACUUCCGGUCCAUUUCUACGGACGGGUCAUCGACGACAACGGCAAAAGGAAAUGGGUCGACACUCAAAUCGUUCUCGCGAUGCCGUACGAUAAUCCCAUCCCGGGAUUCAAGAACAAUGUUGUGAAUACCAUGCGUUUAUGGUCGGCGAGAUCGCCGGUCAACUUCGACCUCCACUGCUUCAAUACCGGCGACUAUAUCCAGGCAGUGUUGGACCGUAACUUGGCUGAGAACAUCUCUCGAGUACUGUAUCCGAACGAUAACUUUUUCGAGGGAAAAGAACUCCGUCUGAAACAGGAGUACUUCAUGGUCGCGGCCACACUCCAGGAUAUUAUUCGCCGGUAUAAAUCCUCGCAGUACGGCAGCACACAGGCCGCUCGCACUAAUUUCCACGAGUUGCCAGACAAGGUGGCAAUCCAGCUGAACGAUACUCACCCGGCUUUGGCCAUCCCAGAACUCAUGCGAAUCCUCAUAGAUCAAGAAGGUCUGACCUUCAAGGAAGCCUUCGAUCUCUGCGUUCGCACGUGCGCGUACACCAAUCACACCGUCCUGCCGGAGGCUCUCGAGCGCUGGCCCGUUUCCAUGCUGGAAUCGAUCCUGCCGCGCCACCUGGAGCUCAUCUACCAAAUCAAUCAGACAUUCAUGGAUCAGGUCGCCGCCAAAUACCCAGGUGACAUGGGGAAAAUGCGCCGUCUGUCUAUCGUUGAAGAGGACGGCGGAAAACGCAUUAACAUGGCUCAUUUGGCCAUCGUCGCCUCGCACGCCAUCAAUGGCGUUGCGCGCAUCCACUCGGACAUUCUGAAGGCGGACGUUUUCCGCGAGUUCUACGAGCUCUUCCCCGAGCGUUUCCAGAAUAAGACGAACGGAAUCACCCCUCGACGUUGGCUCGUUCUCUGUAAUCCGUCCCUGGCCGAUCUGAUCGCCGAGAAGAUCGGUGAGGACUGGAUCGUGCACCUUGACAAGCUCACCGGGCUGAAGAAGUUCGUCGCCGAUAAAGCAUUCCUUCAGGAGCUUUACAAGGUCAAGCAAGAGAACAAGAUGAAGCUCGUCGAAUACAUCAAGAGCACCACCGGCGUUCAGAUCAACGUCAACUCGAUCUUCGACAUCCAAGUGAAACGUAUCCACGAAUACAAGCGACAGCUCUUGAACUGUCUCCAUAUCAUCACCUUGUACAACCGGAUCAAGGCGAACCCGAACGGCCAGUUCGUUCCCCGUACGAUCAUGAUCGGCGGGAAAGCCGCCCCCGGCUACCACAUGGCGAAACAAAUUAUUAAACUAAUUUGCCACGUUGCCAACGUAAUCAACAACGACCCCGUUGUCGGCGAUAAGCUCAAAGUCAUCUUCCUGGAGAACUACCGCGUCACUCUCGCCGAGCGGAUCAUGCCAGCAGCCGAUCUGUCCGAGCAGAUCUCCACCGCUGGAACCGAAGCGUCUGGAACAGGUAACAUGAAGUUCAUGUUGAACGGUGCUCUCACCAUCGGAACCCUCGACGGAGCCAAUGUCGAAAUGCGUGAGGAAAUGGGCGAUGAGAACAUUUUCAUCUUCGGAAUGACCGUCGAUGAGGUGGAAGCUCUGAAGAAAAAAGGAUACAACGCCUGGGACUACUACAACAGGAUCCCUGAUCUGAAGCAAUGCAUCGAUCAGAUCCAAGGUGGUCUCUUCUCACCGUCCGACCCCGGCAUGUUCGGAGACGUUUGCAACGUGCUCCUCAACCACGACAGGUUCUAUCUUUUCGCUGACUACGAAGCGUACAUGAAGUGCCAAGACCGCGUUGCGGAGACUUAUCGAAACCAAGAGAAAUGGUUGAAGAUGGCAUUGCUGAAUAUCGCCUCGUCCGGGAAAUUCUCCUCGGACCGAACAAUCGCCGAAUACGCUCGGGAAAUCUGGGGUGUCGAGCCGUCGUGGGAGAAACUCCCGGCGCCUCACGAGCCGAAACCCGAAGGAGCCAAGUAAACGCAGCGAUCUGACCCAAUCCAAGAGGAAAAAAGGACUACCUACGCAAUUUACGCCUGCUGAAGUGACAAAUCGUGAAGAUUGCUAGGUAAUGCAAAAUAUCCGUUUGACUGAGUAGUAACUAAUGAGUCCGCUUGGCUCAACAUCUGGGCUAUGUUGAGAACUACUUCUAGAUAAGAUUGUUCUGUUUCCAUUUAAAUCCCCUAGGGAUGACUUCCAUCAGAUUAACAUAAAAGGCUUCAGAUAUCGCCUCCACAUGAAAUCUUAGCGUUGAUGACUCUUUCAGUAGUUUGAAGUUGGUUCAUCGUUCCGAUCGGUGACAAUGAUUAUUUCUCUUCCAUGAUUAUCCCUCCUAUACAUAUGGGCGCAGGUGAUGGGUCAUGCCGCGGACUCUGUAGACCGCCCACAGGUGCAGAAUAGAGUCUCGGCACAGAUCCUUCAACCUUUUAAGUGUUAAGAAUAUUUGAGACUCAUCGGUCUCUUGGGCGAAAUUAGUUUGUUGUUAUGUCUUUCUCAUGGUGCCGGUGUCGUUCACCGAGAAUGACAGGGGAAACUGAGCACGAGGAGCCGCACAAAAACAUUGGAAUGAGGAAGGGGACAAGCGGCGGGAAGAACGAAACCAAGACUGCAAUCACCUGAAUGAAUUCCGGCGAUUGUUCCACGAACUUUGAUUGUUUUGACUCACUGUAAGCUACCGAUCACUUCGGAAUCGGAGCCGCUGCAGAUGUUCCGUUCAUCACUCGAUGUUACUGCCGUUUCCAGCAAUGGACAGCACCCAAUCAAUAAAAUCAUAUUUGCCAA